GGCGCCCGGCGAGGGCGGCGGAGCCAGCGAGAGAGGGCGGGUCGGGGUCAGCUGCUGCAGGCGGGCGGGUGCGGGGAGCUGUGGGCGGCCGCCUCCUCUCUUGCCGCCGCCCUCCGUUUGCCACGAUGCCGGGGAUCGACAAGCUGCCCAUCGAGGAGACACUGGAGGACAGCCCACAGACAAGGUCUUUACUGGGUGUAUUUGAAGAAGAUGCCACAGCUAUUUCCAACUAUAUGAACCAGUUGUAUCAGGCUAUGCAUCGGAUUUAUGAUGCACAGAAUGAAUUAAGUGCAGCAACACACCUGACUUCAAAACUUUUAAAAGAAUAUGAAAAACAGCGUUUUCCACUGGGGGGUGAUGAUGAAGUUAUGAGUUCUACUUUGCAGCAAUUUUCAAAAGUAAUAGAUGAGCUUAGCUCUUGUCACGCGGUACUUUCAACACAGCUUGCUGAUGCCAUGAUGUUCCCCAUUACCCAGUUUAAAGAAAGAGAUCUGAAAGAAAUAUUGACAUUAAAGGAAGUGUUUCAGAUUGCUAGUAACGAUCAUGAUGCUGCAAUUAACAGAUAUAGCAGAUUGUCCAAAAAGAGAGAAAAUGACAAGGUGAAGUAUGAAGUAACAGAAGAUGUCUACACUUCCAGAAAAAAACAACAUCAAACCAUGAUGCAUUACUUUUGUGCGUUAAAUACUCUUCAGUACAAAAAGAAAAUAGCAUUGUUGGAACCUCUACUUGGGUAUAUGCAAGCUCAGAUAAGUUUCUUUAAGAUGGGUUCUGAAAAUCUCAAUGACCAACUGGAAGAAUUCUUAACUAAUAUUGGAACAAGUGUACAGAAUGUUCGCAGGGAAAUGGACAGUGAUGUAGAGACCAUGCAGCAGACAAUAGAGGACUUGGAAGUAGCCAGUGACCCUUUAUACAUGCCUGACCCAGAUCCCACAAAAUUUCCUGUUCAUCGAAACUUAACCCGAAAGGCUGGGUACCUUAAUGCUAGGAAUAAAACAGGCUUGGUGUCAUCUACCUGGGACAGACAGUUUUACUUCACGCAGGGUGGAAACCUAAUGAGUCAGGCCCGUGGGGACGUAGCAGGAGGCCUGGCCAUGGACAUAGACAACUGCUCAGUAAUGGCUGUGGACUGUGAAGACAGGCGGUACUGUUUUCAGAUCACUUCUUUUGAUGGCAAAAAGUCUUCAAUUUUGCAAGCAGAGAGUAAAAAAGACCAUGAAGAGUGGAUCUGUACAAUAAAUAACAUAUCUAAACAAAUAUAUUUAAGUGAAAACCCAGAGGAAAUUGCUGCACGAGUAAAUCAGUCAGCUUUGGAAGCUGUCACUCCUUCCCCAUCUUUCCAGCAGAGGCACGAGAGCCUGAGGCCGGCAGGACAAUCUCGGCCACCCACAGCUCGAACCAGCAGUUCAGGAUCCUUAGGAUCUGAGACCACAAAUUUGGCUGCCCUCUCUCUAGAUUCUCUUGUUGCCCCAGAUACCCCAAUACAGUUUGACAUCAUUUCUCCUGUGUGUGAAGAUCAGUCUGGCCAGGCAAAAGCCUCUGGCCAGGGAGGCAGGCGUACAAAUCCAUUUGGAGAAUCUGGAGGAGGUACAAAGUCUGAAACUGAAGAGUCUAUUCUUCAUCAGUUGUUUAUUGUCCGAUUCCUUGGUUCUAUGGAGGUGAAAUCAGAUGACAAUCCAGAUGUUGUUUAUGAAACAAUGCGCCAAAUUUUAGCUGCCCGAGCCAUCCAUAACAUCUUUCGUAUGACAGAAUCACAUUUAUUAGUCACUUGUGAUUGUUUAAAGUUAAUUGAUCCACAGACACAAGUUACAAGGCUCACGUUUCCAUUACCCAAUGUAGUUCUGUAUGCUACACAUCAGGAAAAUAAGAGGCUUUUUGGAUUUGUUCUUCGGACAUCAGGAGGGAGAAGUGAAAGCAACUUGUCAUCAGUCUGUUACAUAUUUGAAUCAAACAACGAGGGUGAAAAGAUUUGUGAUUCUGUUGGAUUGGCAAAACAGAUAGCAUUGCAUGCAGAACUGGAUCGCAGGGCAUCAGAAAAACAAAAAGAAAUAGAGAGAGUAAAAGAGAAGCAACAGAAAGAACUCAGUAAACAAAAACAAAUUGAGAAGGACUUAGAAGAACAAAGUCGGUUGAUAGCUGCUUCCAGUAGACCAAACCAAGCCAGUAGCGAGGGGCAGUUCGUUGUCCUUAGCAGUAGCCAGUCAGAAGAGAGUGAUUUGGGAGAAGAAGGAAAGAAGAGAGAGUCAGAAGCAUAAACUUAUCCUUGCUUUUUGGUUGAUAGUUCUCCCCCCUUGGAAUUUGUUGACAAUUUCUGUGGUAGAAUGGCACAAGGUAACAACAAUGUUGAACUAUCAAGGAGACUAAAAUUUGUAUUUGCUUCUUUAACUUCAUUUUUUAAACUAAUAUUGACCUUGAUAACUUAGGUUUGCGUUGAUUUUUUUUCCCCUGAGAAGUAAUAUACUAUGCAGUAACUUUAAAUUCCACAUGUCUGAAAGAAACCUGUUCAUAUCCCUGAAGUAGAUUGCUGAGGAAUUACAGUUGCUCAAGCCUUUUCUUCCUUCCAAUUGUGAACUUAUUACCUUGCAUCGUAAUUGGCUAUGACCAUAAGAAAUCAUUUAUUCUUCAGCUUCAGAUAUUCAUGGAUAUGCUCCCUCUCUUUCAUUAGGAACAUUUUGCUGGCAGUGAGGAAGCUUUUGACUGAAUAGGUUUAAAAUCCUUAUAUAGAAGAUUUUUCAAGUUUGCCAAUAUUUUAACAAUGUGCAAUAGGACUUUUACAAAGUAGAGGUUUUAGACUUAAAGUUUCAAAUUGUGGCAGGUGGUACUGUAGAUUUCAGGGCGUUUUCUUGGAUUGCUCGCAUUUCUCUGAUGGACUAUACCUGAUGCCAGUGGGAAAGAAGCUUAAGUGUUUUCAUUUCAAGAUUGCUACAGCCCUUGGCAUUUAUUAUCACAUUCUUAGUUCUCAGGUUGGGACUUGAAUUAUUGCUGCAGAGCAGUAAUGGUUAAAAUAAGAUUUUGGAAUUUACUAAAGGGAAUUUUUUUUUGUUCAAAUAAGUUUUAGAUUAGGAUUUAACAUGUAAAGAUUGUUACAGGAUAAAUACAUUGUAUUUUAUGCAUUGUGUGAAAUAAUUUUUAUUGAAAAUCAAGGGACAUUUAGAAAGAAGUUCUAUAGCAAUUAUGUUUCCUGCUUAAAGUAAAGAUUCCUAGAAUUUAGUUUAAAAAUGUAAUCUUUUAAAUUUCAGACUGAUACCCACAGUAUUUUCAUAAUUCCAUGUUUUUAUAAAAUACUGAUCACCACUUUAUAUCCGUGUAGGCAAAUAAUAUGUGAGCAGAGAAUAAUUUGCACUAAUUAUUGUAAAUACUUAUCCUCUUUAGAUGAGUAUAGUAAAAGGUCUAAUUCCAUGAAAGCCUGAAAAGCAAUUGAGUGCUUGGUCGAGGAGAGUCAACCCAGGAAGGAUUUUAACCUGGUGCCAAGGUUAAAAUGACACUUCUCUACUGCCUAAUUCUAUGACAGAACUUGAUUUUUUUUUUUUAACUCGGAUUUUUAACAUUGCUGAUAGAAAUUAUGUUCCUGUGUUUCACAUGUAAAAGUACAUAUAGCCACGUUAAAUAUAUUGAAUAAAAUAUUUUACAUAGUCAUAUAUUUAAAAUUUUCAAGAGAUUAGCCACUAAUUUUACAAGGAAAAAAGCCUUUUGUUAUUUGACAUAUAGUUUUUUUCUUCUUAGUUCUGAUUCAGAAAUGGCAUAUAGUUCUCAGCUGUUUCACAAUGUAUAUACACUGUUUUCUGUAGGAAUGGAAUAGAUAAUUAUAUAUAGGAUUGUGGUGUUUUUUUUAGCCAUGUACCAAAUGGGAAUAAUGAUUACUUAAUAAUCAUUAUUUUGAAGCCUUAUGUUACCAAAACAUACAGUAAAAAAGUAGAAAUUUACGGAAUACUUUUUGAAAAGAGUUUAUUUUGUCCUUGCUAAAGGGAAUGCUUUCACAGUAGUUUGUGCAUCAUUCCUUUUUGUAUAAAUUGAAAUUUCUUCUGUGAUCAGCAUUUGGUUAGCCAUGGCACAUCCUGCUUUUAAGACGUUUUUGAGGAUUAGUAAGCUUUUUGUCUCAGUAAGUCUUUUGUUUAUACUAUAAGGUUGCCACCUCACUUAGUUCAGGUGUAACUUGUCAGCCACCAUGCAAGGAAGGUGGUCAGCAUCAGGAGACAGGGUUAACCAGGCUGGUGCUUUGCAUGGUAGCAAAGCGUUGCCCUUGGUGAGCGCUCUCGGGCAAAAUGUAGAUGAAAGGUAAAGGUACUGAGACUUAGGCAUGCUGGACAAACUUGUGGCUUUUCUUAAGUCAUAAUCUUGUUAGGAAUUUCUACAAUAACACACUCAUGCCCGUAGGUCAGACCAGAGCGCAUUCCAAUGCCAAUCAGAAGUCAUGUGUGGGCUUAACAAUGUUAGAUGAUUCAACUUCUGUUUCAUUGCUGUAGAACCAUGUGAACUAUUCCAUUAUGGCAGAUACUUAAGCAUCAACUUUAAUAAAUUCUAUGUUCUGUUUAAAGAAGGCUCCCCAUGGAUUUUUGGCUUCCCUGGUAGCUUGGACAGUAAAGCGUCUGCCUACAAUGCGGGAGACCCGGGUUCGAUCCCUGGGUCGGGAAGGUCCUCUGGAGAAGGAAAUGGCAACCCACUCCAGAAUUCAUGCCUGGAAAAUCCCAUGGACCGAGGAGCCUGGUGGGCUACAGUCCAUGGGAUCAUAAAGAGUCGGACAUGACUGAGCGACUUCAUUUCAUUCAUUCAAGUUGAUCUUUGUUCCCCUUUGAAAUCCCUUCAAGCUUUUGGAUGCUCUUGGUGGUAACAGCAUUAGAUUUUGGGAUAUCUUUCUCAGAUUCAAACUUGCAUUUAAUGGUUUUUAGACAUUAACAAAACGGAUUCUUUAAAAGGAAAGAAAUUAAGUCUACCUAAUUCUGCUAGGCACUCGUGCUUCCUGUGUCAACCGUACUUUUAUAACUAUGGUAAUGAAGUCAAUAGAUAGCAAACUAAUUAUUCCUUCCCCCUUGUAAAAUUGAGAAAACUUGCCAACAAGGAACUGAAACUGUUAUCUUGAACGUAGUCCCCAGUCUAGUUUUUGCCACGACUAUAAUGAUUAUAGUCAUGUGUUUAAUUUCAAUUUCCUUGGGUUUAAUUUCAAAAGAAUUCUCAGAUUCCACAGUAUAGAGGUUGUAAAUUUAUGUUACUUUUAUGCUUGAGAAAAGGAUAUUGGGGUGUUUAUACCAUUCUAUGUCACAUGUAAUCAUGUGUGGUAAAGGCAUCUGAGUUCCUUUUGAGUUAUGUAUAGGAACUGCAAGUAUUUGAGUUGAAUCCUCUUACACAUGCUGACAGACUAAGAGCCUAUGUUUUGCAAAAUCUGUCACCCAAAUUAAUAAAAUUAAAAUAUUAACAUUGACUUUGAUAACAGUCUCCGAAGCAUUCAAACUGUACUUUAAAUAUUCAAACACACUGAUUGUAGCAAGCAAGUCUUUGACUUUAUUUUUAGCAAGUUUGGCUUACUCUUCUUUCAUGAGAUUUUUUUUUCUUCCAUAGUAAUUAAUACUACAUAAAAAAUUGAAACUGGAACUAUAUUAUACUUUUUAACUAAUCUCUUGUGGCUGUACUCAUAUGUAAUUUACUUAGGUUAAUAUGAGAACCGGGGAGUAAGUUAUAACUAAUGUGCAAAACCGCUUUGUAUAUUUGGUGAUUUUGUAAUGUAAGUGAAUUGGUUAAUUCUUAUUUCACUGAUACUAUUAAUCGUGUAUAUGCAAUUAAAAAUUACGCUACAUUUCUCUUUAGAAUUAAGUUUGAAGAACCUGACUUUAUGUAAUGGUGGUAUACAUGUGGAGUGGAGAACUUAUUUUUUCAUUAUGUCAAAAUAAGUAUUCCUGAUAAGGCUUCAGGAAAUAUGCUGUUAGGAGAUUUUUAAUGUAUAAUAAAGUCCAUGAUUUUUUAUAGUC